ACCACACUUCUCGCGACGAGGCUCAAACGUGAUCCGACCGUCACUCGUGGUAGGUGUUAUCCCGGGAGCCGUCCGGUGCAAGGUACAGUUACUAGUAGACGUCGGUGUCCGUCGGUGAAGCUACCCGAUUGAUUUCGAUUUGUUAGUGCAUGUAACUGGUCCCCAACUUGCGACGCGGUGGGUUGUGAUUAAAUAAAAAGUACCUUCAACAAAACGAAGAUGUCGCCCACCAUUACACAGAUCGUGAUCGCUGCAAUCGUUAUCAGUACCGUUCUAGCCUCGAGCAAUGAUGGUGAAUCGUGUGCGUAUGGCAACGAGCCCGGAAUCUGCCGUGGUUAUAAUCUAUGUCGGCCACUACUCGAAAGAUCCCGCAUAGUGAAGAUUUGUGGCUAUACUAGCCAGCAGGCGGUCGUUUGUUGUCCGGUGGAUUAUGUACAGCGCUUGCAGCAACUAAACAAUCCCAACCAGCGCAUCAGCGAACGAAAGUGUCGACAGUACCUGAGCUCAGCUAGUUCCAGCUUACUGCUCGGUUCGCUAGCGGUCGGAGCAUCGGUGGUGAGGGUGAAACCCCGCAAUCAAUGUCCGACCGAUCAGAACCUUAUCGUCGGUGGUACGGCAGCCCGUUAUGGCGAAUUUCCCCACAUGGUCCGGUUGGCAAUGCCGAACGAAAACGGUGACAUGACGUUCCGGUGCGGUGGAACACUCAUCAGCGAACAGUGGGUUAUGACUGCGGCCCAUUGUCUCGAGUCCCAAACGAUCGUCGUCCGGCUGGGUGAGCUAAAGGAGGAUAACGAGGACUAUGGCGAUCCGAUCGACGAGCAGGUGGUACAGAUCAUCAAACAUCCCUACUAUAAAGCACGCACCGUUUACAACGAUAUAGCGCUACUAAAGCUAGCGAAUCCGGUACCCUUUUCUUCACGCAUUCGGCCAGCCUGCCUCUACAGUUCGCCGACCAUUGAACGUGCGAAAGCGAUAGCCAUCGGAUUUGGCUCUACGGAAGCAUAUGGUGCCGGCUCGAAGGAAUUGCUAAAAGUAUCACUGGACUUGUUCACAACGCCCGCCUGUGCCGUUUUCUUCCAACGCAAUCGCCGCGUACCGCAAGGUCUGCAGGACACGCAUGUGUGUGCCGGCUUUCUGGCUGGUGGCCACGACACCUGUACCGGUGACUCCGGUGGUCCGCUGCAGAUCAGCACAAACGAUGAGGCCUGCGUUGCACAGGUUAUCGGUAUUACCUCCUUCGGUAUUGGAUGCGGUUCGGCAACACCCGGAAUAUACACGCGAGUAUCGGAGUAUAUAGACUGGAUCGAAAGUACUGUGUGGCCGACGGAGAGUGGAUCGUUCAAUGAUGAGUUACGCUUUAGCUAAAGUUGUGCUUUAGCUUUUGUGUGCGCGUGUGUGUGUGUGCAAGCGGACGAUCUUCGAACGGAAAUUCAGCGGACUACGACGACAGUUUAAACGUUUAAGCGUCUUAAACGUAUUAGUGUAUAACUUAUGUUCUAGGUAAUGCGUUGCCUAAUUGUCGUAUUGAUACAUUAUCGUAAGAAUUAAUAUACUUUGCCGGUGUGCAAACUGAGAUUAACUAUCGGUCGGGACAGAUCAACAAUAAAAAAUCUCAGUUACAAAUACUAGCUGAUUGUCCCGACCUUUUUCCCGACUCCAUUGUUAUACGAACGAUGUACCUUAUAACGUUCUAAUAUGAUGGUUUCUUUAAAAAUAAAAUAUAUAAUGAGCAAACACAUUUUUGACAAAAGAAUAAA